AUGCUGAUCUGCUUGAAACGCUUCCGAUUUAUUCCGCGCAUUCAACCCAUGUCCGGUUGGCGUGUCCGUAGUGUUCUGUUCGCAUUCUGCUGGCUUCUACUUGCACUGUGCUGUCUGACUGUGUUGUGGAAAGUGUUAGGCUUCCUGUUCUUAUCACAUCUGUCGUGGCACGGUGCGGGUGAUUAUGUGAACUGGGAUCUAUGGACUCCGGCUAUAAAUGUGUUCUCACAGCCCACUUGGGGCAUUCGUCAAUGGUGGCCGGUGUAUGUGGCCAAAAAGAUUAUGUCGUCCUAUGGCUCAAGUGUGAGUAUUCGUGUGUUACGUUCAUUAUCUAUAACCAAUGCGCUACCGAUUCCAUUGCCGAUCUCUUCUAGUCAACCAACACUCCUUUUGUCUUCUGGUGUGUCGUUUUCCGUUUUCGUAGUGAUCUUCGAAGCUCGUUUAUCUCCAGUCAGUUCCUCCAGUCGCAAAUGA